AUGUCCGACCUGGGGGGAAUAUUUAAGGACAUGAUUACCGCCUCCGAUCCCGACGGGACGAAGAUGCAAUUGUCUGUGGGGGAAGGGGAGGGCGUGACAAUAUCCCGUUGGGUGGAACAGGAGUUGAACAAUAUUUCCGAGAUAACCCCAAUCGGGAGAAGCACGGCAACCUUCAUCGAGGAUAAUCGAACGAAUCCGGUGUUGGUCUACCCCUACAUUCACAGUAUGGCUCAGAUAGGAUCCCUGGUCGGCAACUUGCACGCGGACAUAGAAACGGCACGAGCAGAGGUGCGGCGGCUGAAGAGGGAUUUGGCGCACGAGAGGGGCUCAAACGCGUCCAAUAAGCCUGCAGACAUUGACACGGUACGCUUGGCGGCGGGCAAAUUGCGGGAAGGCAUCACGAACUACUCCUCGGAAAGCCAGGAUGUUGUCUUCAACCAGAAACACGGCCGAGCCCCGCUGGCGGCCAUUGACCCGCUCGUAGAAUGGCGAACAUACGUCCCCCCGCUGAUGGUGGACUUCCUCAACGAGUUGGGUUACCAGCACGCCGAGGUUGAUGUCGAAGGCGAUGCCUAAGAGAAACUCUUGAGGUCUCGGGCAACUCGGAAAUGCCUCAUGGCCGGGGUGUUGACAUCGUUCGCGUUUAACACAUGGAUAUAAGAAUGCCAACGCGAUGGGCUUUUUCCUGAAGGGGCAAGGUCUCCAAAGGGAUGGGUUGGAAUUUCUAGCAAGCAUUUUUAAGAUCACGCAAUCGAACCGUCACCUGUGGGAAAUGCGGACGAAGUUGGCGGAUGUGCUCGGUACAGAAGCCGAGAUGAGGAAGCUUCACAGAAUGUGGCGUCUUGCAGCAGCGGAGGUGGCGGUGCCGCUGUAGCUCGUAGACUUUGUAGUCUACCACAGAGGUUACACUGCUGUCACCGCUCUAUCACAGAGGUUGGUCUACACUGCUGUGAAAUCGGUAGGCCCGAGCGAGCUUUGGAAAGAGAAAUGCAGAUAGAUGUUCUUAUCAACUGACUCCCUGGUCAGGCUUUGAUGGGUGCUAGAUGAGAGUGAGCACAAGGGGCGAAGGCGCGCUUGUGUCUCAUCUCAACAACAAAAC